ACAGUCGAAGGGCGCGAACCUCUGAGAGGAGACACGGAGACCAGCAGCCAGGAGUCGACUUCCCAGUCACCCAGUCACAUCCGAAGAGCCCGAGGACCGUUUGGGAGACAGCCUGUUUGUGAAGUGCCCCAAUCCGUUAACACCGUAGGUGCAACAUGCGACACAUGUCACUGCAGCGGCGGCGCAAUCCCAUGAUGGCGCUUGCCCUGAUCCUGUGCCUAAGCCCACUGCUCCUGGUCGAGAUCCGGGCGGUGCCCGCCUCCGUGCUCGCCCAGAACUCGGAGCUUUCCACCAGUGCCAGCAAUAAGCUCCAGCUACAGCAGGAGCAUCAGCAGCAACAGCAGCAACAACAGCUUCAAGAGCAGCAUCAGCAGCAACAACCGGCAGCAGCCAAGCGCUCGGAGGAGGCCACCGCCGUGCCCACGGCCGACAAGAAGUCCAGCCCGGAAAUUGUGCCCGCUUCCUUUAGCAAUGCCCCCGCUGCCAGGAGCAACAGUCCGGCGGUAGUCAACCAGCAGCCGCAACAGGGGCCAUCCGGGGUCUAUGCCCUGCCCAGCAACGACGAGAUCCUGGCCGCAGUGGCUGCCGCCGCCCAAAACAGCCAGCAGCAGUAUCAGGAGGAACCCACCGCCUUGGAGGAGGCGGUGGCCAGCUCCACGAUGCGCAAGCGAGGCAUCAACUACGAGUACAAUCCGUACCUGGCGCCCAGCGACUACGGCAGCGAUGUGCCGCAGGGUGUCUGGUCCGAUGACUACGAAGCAUCUGUUCCCGUCAACUAUGGCGAGCGGGAUCUCCAGGAGAUCGAUGACUAUGUGCCAGAGCGAAGAGUGAGUGGCUCGAGUGCCCGGAAUAAGGCCUACGAUAAUCUGCAAAACCUGCUGAAUGCCGAGGCCUAUCUGGAGAGUAUUCCCCUGUCGGUGCCGCUGACUUAUGCCAACAGGAACUACAACCUGGAUGACAGGAACAAGCGUGGAAUCUUCUAUAACUUGGCCAACCCUAAUGGUGCCAGCAGUGGAAGUGCCUAUAAUAGCGAAAAUAUUAACCUCAACAAGUAUCGGCGCUUCAAUGAUAUGCGACUGAAACGCGACACUACCAAGCUGAAUCCCGCCGACAUGUUGGCCCUGGUCGCAUUGGUGGAGGCCGGCGAGCGGGCGCGCAAGGAGAGCGAUGUGGAGAGCUCCGGGCCAGUGCCCAUGAUCAGCUCCGAUGACCUGGACUAUGUGCCAGCGGGUAGCUGGAUGGAUGUGCCCGUCCAGGCCCAGGCUCAACCCGGUCUGGUGGACUACUACGGAUUGCCAUUGGAGACCCAGAGUCAGGUGAUGCCCAAGUACGAGUAUGUGCCCCGCCAACACAAGUACAAUGGCCUCAAUAGCCGAUUUGGGUCACCGAAGCAGCGAUAUAUGGUGGCCAAGAAGAAGCGAUCUGUGAGCCAGAGCCAGUUCAUGAACGAGCCGGUGGCCGAGCGCGGAUCCAGCUAUAAUGGCGAGAAGUACUUCUAAAGAUCCGAAUGCAUCGAUAGUUAAUAGUGUUGUAAAGGCCCCCGGAGGAGUAUUUCUCGUUAUUUUGAGCAUUGAACAUAAUCCAAUAUCAAACAUUUCGAAUUCAAUUAUAGUAUUGAGAUAGAGUGAACUCAACUCGUGUGCAAUUUUUGUGUAGAACUUCAAUUUUAAACCAAUUACCGGUAACUAACCUAUUGUUAUAUGCAUAUACAUACACGGGCCUUAGCCAUGUCCGUCGCGAGGAACAUAAUCAAAUCAAUGUGAACAACAGGGCUCUGCGAUUUUGUCCCACGAAACCCAACCGACCCCGAUCUAGCCCAGAAAUGAAGCGAAACUAAACCGAAUCUAAGCCACUAACUAUAAUCCAUAUAAGAAUCAAUGUCUAUGGCAACUAAAUGUACAAUUACCACUAAAGCCAAGUGAGAGAGCUAAACUAUCAGUAUCUUACACCAAGUACUUAUCGAACUAGAGGCUUCCCUACUAGUACAAACAUUGAGAAGAGAAUGUUCAAAUAUAUAUAUAAAAUAUAUAUGUAUAUCUAUGAGCCGAAUCCCGGCUCAGAUGCUAUGAUGUCUUGCCAUCUAUGAGCUGCUUUAAUCGAAAACUAACAAAAAGAAAACUAAAUCAUUUUUGAAGCCACGAAACCAACACACAGCGCUACACAGGAAUGCAUCGUUUUAUACAGACACGCGCCGACUUGGGACAAGAGGAUCACUCGAUGAGAAUUUUAAUCGUAUAUAGACACCUAACGAUAUACUGAAUAACCGCUAAUAAUAUAUAGUAUGAUAUAUAUGUAUACAAAUAUGCUAAACUUUUUGUCAAAGAAAUGGCUCAGGGCUCAAAUAUUUAAAAUAUUCGAUGCCGCACGAAGGAGAGGCGUACAUUUGAUUUGAAUGAAAUUGUCUGACUGUUUUUUGGUAAUAAUCAAAUAUACAUAUACAUAUGUACUAUAUGGAAUAUGAGAAACUAAAUUAUAUAAUUACUUAUACAGAGAUACACGAAUUGGACGAGUAUUUAAAAUGCAUUAAUAGCCUAUAUGUGUGUGUGUAUACAAUACAAUAUGAAAUAUAUAUAUAUGAAUAUGAACACUCAAGUAACUAUGAAAUACGUUUUGACAUACAAUAUAUACAUAUAUUUUCCCUUACACUUUUUCGGGUCCCUGAAUAUUUGGCCUUUUAUUUACGCCUUAAGUUCUUUGCGCGAGCUUAAUUUAAAAUAUAUAUAUUUAUUUACAAGCAACUGAUUUACGAUUAAAUAAACAUGUCUUUGGUUUGAAAACCAA